GUUCAUUCCUCCGAGCCGUCACCUCCUCCCCACACCCCGCCACCACCACCUUCCUCGGCCACCGGCGGCGGCGACAAUGGUGCAGGGACGCCAGGGCCAGCGCGUCCGGCUAUACGUGCGGGGCACCAUCCUGGGCUUCAAGAGGUCCAAGUCGAACCAGUACGAGAACACGUCGCUGCUGCAGGUGGAGGGGGUGAGCACCAAGGAGGACGUGUCCUACUACGCCGGCAAGCGCAUCGCCUACGUCUACAAGGCCAAGACCAGGAGCAGCGGCACCACCUUCCGCUGCAUCUGGGGCAAGGUCACGCGCCCCCACGGCAACUCCGGCGUCGUCCGCGCGCAGUUCCGGUCCAACCUCCCCGCUACCUCCAUGGGCAAGAAGGUCCGCGUCUUCAUGUACCCCAGCAGCACCUAAGGGUAUGUUCCUAUUCUAUUUAGUUGUAGCUGGAUUCGUGGAUGUCUGAUAUCAGUUUUGACAGCCAGUUGAUAAACUCAAAGAUUUUCCUGGCGAUUUUGGAAGACCUUAGUUACAGACUGUUACUUUCAUCUCGUGUAACUUGACUUGGUCACUCAUUUUGCUCUGAAAUGAAGCAUGGUGUGUUUUACUGUUUC